CAUUUUAGUUGUAAGAAUAAUUUUCAAAUGGGAACUAAGCUUUCAAGAAGUUCAAGCAUUCAUGAUGAAUUCGAAGAAAAAUUCGGAUGUGAUCACUACUCUGAUGAUACAAUCAUCAAAAGCCAGAGAUGGAAGACAGUACCAAUGUCUCUUGAAGAAUCUGAUAUGGUUCUCAAGAGGAUGACUACUAUCUGUGAGAACGCCUGCGUAGAAGGAACAACUGGGCUUAGGAAGUCUAAGAGCGUAACUACACAUGAUGCUAUAGAAUUCGAGUAUUACUGCGAAAAGUGUAAAGGACUUAAGUACAUCACCAUUGAGCUCUGGCCAAGUGGUGAGAUCAGAAGAUGUGGCAAGUACACCAAGGUCAUCAAAACAAGAGAGGAAAGAGUACCAAAAAGACUUAAGAUGGGUAAAGUCGAAGAGACCUUCAAAGAUUUUGAAGACAUUAGGUACGACAUGCUUGAUGGUAGAAGAUCAGCCCAAAAUUUUUGCGAGCAAGUCUGGACAAAGCUUGUAGAGGAUUAACGAUCUUCAAAGAUAUGAUC